CGCCGCGGCGCAACAACUUUUGGUAACAACAGCAACAGGAAAGAUAGACUGGUUCAUUUCCCAUACAUCAACCUACGCACUUACAGAGUAAGAUGAUUGGGGCCUAGGAUCAUGGAAAAUAGGGUCCAUCUAAAGACAGUUCUUCCUGCUACACGCUGAGUUUACUGAGUUAGAUUUGUACUUUUGUAGUCUUUUGGAAAUACGUUAUAUUCUGUAAAUACCAAAAGAUGCGCCAAAUUGAGUGGUCCAUGUGGGCAAAUGAACAGGCACUAACCAGUGCCUUGCUCACAUUUAUUGGUGGCGUUAUGGGCAUCACACAGGUUUUCAAAAACUGGGGAUUUGGACUAUACGGCAUCAUAAUCAGCAUACUUGUUGGACUUUUCGAAUAUCCCCGGGGCAAACGCAUGAAGGGAACGACAAAUGAGAGAAUGUAUCAACGGUUCAUCACAGUAGCUUUGAGCAAACUUGGAUUUUUCAGUCAGAACUACUUCAUCCGCUUUAUCUUAUAUAUCUUGAUUGGGGUGCCAUGCUGUUUUCAACUUCCGAUAGUACUUGGUGGAAUAUGCUUUUUUUGCACAAGUAUAAUUUAUUUUGUGGCUGCAAUGAAAGGUGAAUCAUGGAAACCUGCGGGUCUAGAGAAACCAGACAGACAGGGUAGCCAAGUGGUUGCUGGUGUAGUAAGCAAUCCACCACCUGUACCCCCUCCGCGACUACCAGAGGAUGUGGCUCAGUCUGUGCUUCAGAGACAGAUGUCUGGUAGGAGAAUCUAACUACACUGACCUAUCGUACAAUGAACAAAAUCUUCACUAUAAUUCUAGUCACUGCUGAUGUCAUAACUUACUUUUGAUUUUCCUGGACGUUGUACUGUAAUUGCAGUGGAUCUUGACCAGUUCUUGCUGUAGCUAGAAAACAAUAUUUUAAUCAAAUUUAUAAAAUGCAAAUGAACCCUUGAUCAAUGUAAACCUUGAAAAAUGGUAUGUGUAAACUUGUGACUAAUAAUAUUAUUAUAAACAUAUAAGCCUCGUCUACAAGACGAACCUUAACUCGAGUUAAGCGUCUA